CCCCGAGCUCACUUAACUCAGAUUUGGUUUGGAUGCCUUUUACAUUAAUUUGACCUGCCCAUGUAAAGAAUAGACUCUGGGAGAAAUGCUGAAAAGCACUUGGCUUCCUCUUUCCGUGGAAAACUGAAUGGAAUGUGGUGUUAAUCUGUGAAAGGAGACCCUUAGAAUUUAGCUGCAGUGAUGAGUUCUGAAGAGAAAGGUAUAUCUCCUGCUCACAGAACCUCCACACCAUCACAUAAAGCUGACUCCUCUUCAUCAUAUUCCCAGUGGGAUACUAGGCAGAGUGGUCACGUGUUAGAGCGAAAUGCUUCUGCUGGAAGCACAGACUUGAUUAUUGGGAAACAAUUGUUAGAAAAUGAGCCAGUCAUUGUAUCUAAAGAGCCAGACAACUGGGAAAUUAUAGAAGGCUUGAAAAUUGGCCAGACUAAUGUCCAGAAGCCAGACAAACAUGAAGGAUUCAUGCUGAAGAAAAGGAAAUGGCCUUUAAAAGGCUGGCACAAGCGCUUUUUUGUUCUGGACAAUGGAAUGUUGAAAUAUUCAAAGUCACCAAUUGAUACUCAGAAAGGAAAAGUUCAUGGGAGCAUAGAUGUGGGAUUAUCGGUUAUGUCAAUUAAAAAGAAAGCACGUAGAAUAGAUCUUGACACCGAGGAGCAUAUCUACCAUUUAAAAGUAAAGUCCCAGGAUACAUUUGAUGCUUGGGUGUCAAAGUUGCGCCAUCAUAGAUUAUAUCGUCAGAACGAGAUUGUGCGAUCGCCACGGGAUGCCAGUUUCCACAUAUUCCCUUCAACUUCCACCACUGAAUCUUCACCAGCUGCUAAUGCCACAAUGCUGGAAACUAAGGUUUCACAGAAUAAUUUCCCCUGGCAACCGUCUAUCCCCUGCAGUAAUAGUCUACCUGCAACGUGUACUACUGGGCAAAGUAAAGUAGUUGCUUGGUUGCAAGAAUCAGAGGAGAUGGACAAGUGUGCAGAAGAUCUUGCACAUUGUCAAUCAAAUCUUGUAAAACUCAGUAAAAUUCUUCAGAACUUAGAAAUACUUCAGAGAACUCAGUCAGCACCUAGCUUCACAGAUAUGCAGGCUAACAGUGUAGAUAAGAAAGACAAGCGUGUCACCAGAAGAUGGAGAACAAAAAGUGUGAGCAAAGAUGCUAAAAUACAGCUUCAGGAAGGGACUGCACUGAAGGGCCAAUUCGGUACUGCACGGCGCCGGCAGAGACUAGCAGCAGCAGUGGCUACAACAGUUCCUUUCAGUGCGACAAUGUCUCCUGUUCGCCUACAUUCAUCUAAUCCUAACCUUUAUGCGGACAUCGAAUUUCAGACCCCACCAACUCAUGUAUCGGAUCCUUUGGAAAACUCCACAGACUAUAUAAAACUCCAGGAAGAAUUUUGCCUCAUGGCUCAGAAAGUACAUUCUCUUUUGAAGUCUGCGUUUAACAGUAUAGCAAUAGAAAAGGAAAAGCUGAAACAGAUGGUAACAGAUCAUGAUUUCGCAGGACGUAACACACAGAUGAUACGUCUCCGACAAUCACUUUCUCAGGCUCUCAACCAGAAUGCUGAACUAAGAAGUCGUUUGAACAGAAUACAUUCAGAGUCUAUUCUUUGUGAUCAGGUUGUCAGUGUAAAUAUUAUCCCUAGUCCUGAUGAGACAGGUGAACAGAUCCAUGUUAGUCUCCCACUUUCCCAACAAGUUUCUAAUGAGAGCAGGCUCUCCAUGUCUGAAUCUGUCUCUGAAUUUUUUGAUGCUCAAGAAGUGCUUCUGUCUGCAAGCUCAUCAGAAAAUGAGGCUUCUGAUGAUGAAUCUUACAUAAGUGAUGUGAGCGACAAUAUAUCUGAGGACAACACUAGUGUUGGAGACAAUAUUUCUCGGCAAAUAAUGAAUGGGGAGCUAACAGGAGGUGCUUUCAGAAAUGGACGAAGGACAUGUCUUCCAACACCCUCCCCUGAUACUAGUAAUAUAAAUCUGUGGAACAUUUUGAGAAAUAAUAUUGGGAAGGACCUUUCCAAAGUAUCAAUGCCUGUAGAGCUCAAUGAGCCUUUGAAUACUUUGCAACAUCUUUGCGAGGAACUGGAAUAUAGUGAACUUUUGGACAAAGCUGCUGAAAGCGAUGAUCCCUAUGAACGUAUGGUCCUUAUUGCUGCCUUUGCAACUUCAGGAUAUGCUUCCACUUAUUACAGAGCAGGAAGCAAGCCUUUUAACCCUCUGCUUGGUGAGACUUACGAGUGUAUCAGGGAAGACAAGGGAUUUCGAUUUUUCUCAGAGCAGGUUAGCCAUCACCCACCCAUUUCUGCCUGUCACUGUGAAUCAAAGAAUUUUGUGUUUUGGCAAGAUAUUAGAUGGAAAAACAAAUUCUGGGGGAAAUCGAUGGAAAUACUGCCAAUUGGAACUCUGAAUGUGACACUUCCUAAAUACGGUGAUUGCUACGUUUGGAACAAAGUCACUACUUGCAUACAUAACAUCCUGAGUGGAAGGAGAUGGAUAGAGCAUUAUGGAGAAAUAACAAUCAGAAAUACAAAAAGCAGUGUCUGUAUUUGUAAGCUCACAUUUAUCAAGGUGAAUUACUGGAAUUCUAAUGUAAAUGAAGUUCAAGGUGUUGUCAUGGACCAAGAAGGAAAAGUGGUACAUCGCCUUUUUGGAAAAUGGCAUGAAGGAUUAUAUUGUGGAAUUGCACCUUCAGCAAAAUGUAUAUGGAGGCCUGGUUCCAUGCCAACAAAUAAUGAGCAUUACUAUGGUUUCACAAGGUUUGCCAUUGAGCUGAAUGAGUUAGAUCCUGCACUGAAAGACCUUCUUCCAAAAACAGAUGCUCGAUUCAGGCCAGAUCAAAGGUACUUGGAAGAUGGAAAUUUAGAAGAAGCAGCAGCAGAAAAACAAAGAAUUGAAGAACUCCAGAGAUGCCGGAGACGUUAUUUAGAGGAAAACAAUAUGGAACAUGUACCAAAUUUUUUUAAAAAAGUUAUUGAAGCCAAUCAGAGAGAAGCAUGGGUUUCUAAUGACACCUAUUGGGAACUCCGAAAGGAUCCUGGCUUUAGUAAAGUAGAAACACUCAAACUCUGGUAAAUUGAGAAUGUAGAUAUAGCAACA